AUGGCUUCAUCACGGCCUCAGCGUACAAAUACGCAGCGUGAUUAUCUAGCUUUGAAUUAUGGAUACGAAGACAACGUCCCAAUUGAAGACCAAUAUCCUGAUUAUCCCACUCAGACUACUCUCUUUUCUGAUACACUUGAUACUAUUCAGACAACUCCUGAUUCAAUCCUCCCAUCAGAAUCAGCCUCACAGACUAUUAUACCAGACCCUGAUACAUCGUCAUGCCUGAGUAUAGUCUCCCAACCCUCAACUCGGAAACGACCUCGCAAAACCGCUCUAUCAACUCAAUGGUUAUGGGGCCAUUUUGAUAUUAUAUCAAUUAAGCGUCCCUGGACCACUCGUGCCAAGAAGCCAAUGGAUACAGACCGUCUUAUCCAAUGCAAGAAGUGCAAUUGGGAAACAUCUGACUCUGUUAGAUCGGGAUCGUCUAAGAACAUAGAGCUUCAUCUAUACACCCAACAUACUCUCUCUGAGCCAUCUUCCUCAUCUUCCGAUUCAGUUAAACAACCUUCGAUCGUCGAUUCCUUCAAUAUGAAGCCAAAGCUAUCAGUGGUAGCUCAGUUCCAGGAGAAUAUUCUACGAUGGGUUGUCAAGGAAAAGAUGGCCUUUACCACUAUUGAAUCGCCCUCAUUCCGCCAAAUAUUCAUAGAUCUACCACAUCCGGAGCUUGAUUCAGCUUUAUUUUCACGAACAACAGUGAAACGAAGACUUGAGGCAGAGUUUCAGCAUCAACGUACGCAAUUGAAGAUAGAACUUGCCUCAACAUGCAAAAUUGGAUUAAAGAGAAUUACCAGGAAACUACAACCAGGCUCUCCUUACCGGAAUGUUUCAUGGGCAGUCAUUGCGAUGGGCCGAGAUCGCUCGAGAGCAUGUGGUGGUGGUCUCAAGGAUCAUUUCUCGAUUCGCGAACGCCGUGUGACGUACACAAUCAAAGAUGUGAAGGUGCGCGAAAACAUCUGUCGCUUGGUCAGUCUCACGCUAGAGGAGAAUGUCCAAGCAGCGGAACAUGAACUCGAAAGGAUUCUUGAAGAUGAAAGCCGACAGCCAAUCAUUUACAAUCAUUAUUAUACGGACAACAUCCGGAAUGCUAGAAUUGAAGUUUCAAAAAGCCUCAUCGAAAACUCUGUACGCGAUGCGAUCCAAAAUGAUUGGAACGGUACUCUCUAUUUGGACAAUACAGAAAAGGACUGUGUCAAACUGUUGUCAUCCCUCAAGAAACGGGUCAUUGUCGACAUGAAGGAGCAAGCAUGUUCUGAAGCAAGAACCGGCUUAGUUGCUUAUUAUAGGGUCUGUUUUACGUGGUAUUAA